UGUCCAGGAGUUCCAGGCCAGCCUGGACAACGGGAGGGCUACAGGAUCACAUCUUCUGCAAUACUGCCAAGGACAAACUUACUGCAGCUUGAAGGAGACAACCAUGGAUUUGAGGCGUGUGAAGGAAUAUUUCUCCUGGCUCUACUAUCAAUACCAAAUCAUUAGCUGUUGUGCUGUUUUAGAGCCCUGGGAGCGAUCUAUGUUUAACACCAUCUUACUAACCAUUAUUGCUAUGGUGGUAUACACUGCCUAUGUCUUUAUUCCAAUCCACAUUCGCCUGGCUUGGGAAUUUUUCUCAAAAAUAUGUGGAUAUCACAGUACAAUUUCUAAUUGAUCUUGUUCACAUUCUGUGAAAUAGCAUUGCAUAUUUAUAUGUUGCUUACAAUUCAUUGAUUUAGGUAACUAUUGUGUUUUCAUUCACUGUCUGACCUGAAAAGCACUCUCUUCUCCAUGCACUGUUAUAUUCUGCCUUCCGCCUGGAGUUUGAAAUAGAUGUCUUUUUAGUUUCUUUCACAAAUGCUACAUUGUGCAUCAGACCAUAGAUAAUACAGUGACUUUACCUCACAUACCAUAUUCUCUCAACACAAAUCUAUGAAUUUAGUUUAUUUAAAAUCGGAACAAUUCCUACAAAAUUUUUCUGGAAAACAGGCUCAUAACAGAACUACCAGAAUCAUACUUAAAGUGCUCCCUUGAUGCUUAUUCUAUGCUGACGGAUAUAUUUUAAAAAAUCUUUAUAGGCCACUGUCAGAAGUAUCUUAUCCUUGUUUACGAUGUACAAAAAGAUGUGAAUAAAUUGUGUGGACCCCCUAAGUCUUAUUUUCUAGUAAACUGAUGAUACUUUUACUUCAAAUGCAAAAGAACAAGCUGGAGGCAGUUAUACUCCUUCAUACACUGUUCAUGAAUUGUUUUAAAUGCUUCUUAAAGUCUGGCUUUAUAACCGUUUAAAAUCAACAACGUUGAUUUUAGAUAACCAAGUAAGUAUUAUAAUACAAAAUAAUUUUAAGUGUAAGAAACAAAAGUAUAAUCAAAGUAAAUUCAGAUAUUGUGAUUUGUGGUGUUGCCUUGCCUUGCAUGAUGCUGGGGGAAAAAGAGAAAAUAAAUUUUCUUUUUGUGCUUUUAUUCAGUAGACAGGAGAAAAAAGAAUGUAUUGGGCUACAGGAAGAAAAGCUAAUAAAUAGGCUGGAAGUAAUAUUCUACCAGCAGGAACUCAACAGCUCCAGUUAAGUGCUUUGAUAUAGUGGCUCCUUUGCAGAGCCAAAGCAAGAUUUUUAAAAUUUCCUUCAAAGUGUUUAUCUUUAAAACAAAUAUAAGGUUUUAAUUAUACUGCUGAAGCAAAUGUGAAUGCCAAAGACUAAGUUUUGCAGUUUUGCUUUCCUCCCAACAAAUAUUGAUGUAUGUCAUUUUAGAGGGUAAAAAUGUAAAUAGGGUUGAACAAUAUUUGCACCCUUGUUUGUGUUAUGAAAAAAAGUUUUCCAAGGAGAGCUAGAGAGAAAGAUGUUUGGCAUGCCAAAUUAACUUGCAUGUUUGUUAAAAAAGCAAACACAUGUUUUGAAGAGAAACCAGAUCUGAACAUGUAUUUGUUGAGUUUUGCAAAAUAAAAUUAAUUUUGUAAGUAAA